AUGAUUAUGAAAGAUUGGAUAAUGUUAAAAAGUGAUCAAGAGAGAAGCAUGAUGAUCCAAAGAGCGCAAAAUGCUCGUAUAAUUUCUAUUUGCUCUUAUUGUAUAAUGGCAUUAGCGUGCUUCUUCAUCACAGUAUUGCCAAUUUUUGGGAUGUCAAUAAGACUGACUUCAAAUAUUACUGAUCCAGGAAAACUAUUGCCAGUACAAACUCAUUACAUUUAUGAUAUAACAAAAAGGCCGUAUUACGAACUGACAUUUAUUAGUCAAGUCAUAUACAUAGCAAUUAGCGCGGUAGUCUAUGCUGGAAUAGACAAUUUUCUUAGUCUCUUAAUUUUUCACGUAUGCGGCCAAUUAGACAUUCUAAAAAAUCGUUUGACACAUUUAAAUAAGUACAUAAAUUAUCACAAAAUGCUAAAAUAUUGCAUAAUAAAUCAUAAUCGUUUGCUCAGAACUAUUGAUGUUAUUGAAGAUACAUAUAAUAUAAUAUUUCUCUCCUUAUUUAUAUAUAAUGCAAUUCUCUUCGCAUUCUUCGGAUUUCGGAUGAUCAGUCUGUUUGAUAAAGGAAAUGAUAUAUCGAUCACUCAUUUAAUAUAUUUUUUUUCCAUCUUUAUGAAUUUGUUUGCACAUAUGUGCCUAUAUUGCGCUCUUGGUGAGAUUUUAAUAGCUCAGUGCAAUAAAAUAUAUUAUGCAGCAUAUAACAACAAAUGGUACACUCUAAAUUCAGAAACUAUAGAAGAUUUGUUGUUUUUAAUGACAAGAGGUUCUAAACCGGUCUAUCUCACUGCUGGAAAAGUGUCUCCUGUUACAAUGACUACAUUUUGCAAUUUUGUUAGAGUAUCUAUUGGUUAUAUAUCCGUCCUGCACACAACGAAAAAUUGA